CAUCAAACAGGAGCCAGAGCCUGCCGACAAGAUGUUCUCCAAGGUCCUUCUGUGCUGCGUUCUCGCCUUCGCUGCCGCCCAGCAGCCAAGCCUGGACGGCCCACCACAGCCAUACAGCUUCAGCUACGACAACACCGACGAGUUCGGCACCCGCAUCAGCCAGACUGAGACCGGUGACGAGAACAACAACAAGGUCGGCUCCUACAGCUACACCGACGCCAACGGCAUCUCCCGUACCGUCAAGUACACCGCUGACGCCGACGGUUUCCACGCCGUGGUCGAGACCAACGAGCCAGGAACCAAGUCCUCCAACCCAGCUGACGCCCAGUACAUCUCCAACGCCGCCGAGGUUGCCCCAGCUCCAGUUGCCGUAAAGCCAGCUCCAGUCGUCGUCAAGGCCACCCCAGUGGUGCACACCGUCCAAGCUGCCCCAGUCGCUGUGCACGCUGUGCACGCCGCCCCAACCUUUGCCAUCCACGCCGCCCCAGUCGCCCUCCACCAUGUGUCCCCAGUCGCCGUAGCCGCCCACCCAGUCGCCUUCCACGCUCCCCUCACCUACACCCUCGGCCGCGCCAAGAGCCGUUAAGAAACACAUGUAGUCCUAUUACAAUUAGCUGCAUUAAAUAAUUUAAUU